GAAGUGAGGACAUUUCUUAAUUUUGCAAAGAUUUAAAUUUAAUCUUGCAUUAGUAAAAAUUUUCUUUUAAAAGCUAAUUUUUGCAUUUAAUUUUUUUUUUAAAUUUUUCCCGAAAAUUUUUGUACGCAGUGAAAAGAAAAAAAUUAAAACAAAACAGUUUAUUUUACAUUUAAAUUGAGAUCAUGGUAUAUUUGUUGUUUCAUAGUAUUCAAUAAAAAGAAAAAAAACGCCAUUGCAAAACAAAGAUAAAGAAAUUUCAAUUUUAUAAACUUCACGUACCUUUUAAAUAUUGUGCAUAUUGACGUUUAAUUUGUUAAGUUGAAAGUAUUUUGUGGGAUUUGAUCUGGAACAGCAGAAAUAAAUAUAAAAUUCUUGCUUUGGUUAAUUGAAGAUAAUUUUAAGAAAUAAUUUAUUCCAGAAAAAGUGUCUCUGAUGUGUUAUUAAGUUCAGAUCGUCCAAACUGACGUCUAACGUAUGGUUAAAAUUGAAAAACAUUCGAAGAAAAAAUUUACUUGAAAAAAAUUGUGAAUUUGAUUUUCAUAUACCGCAAAAAGCCGUAAAAUAGAAAGCAUUGGCAAAAUGACACAAAUGACACAAGAUGAAAUUAUUAGUAAUACAAAAACUGUCCUUCAAGGAUUGGAAGCGUUACGUGUUGAGCAUAUGUCUUUGAUGUCUGGUAUUACAGAUGCUAAUCGACGUGAUGAAAAAACGGAAAUUGUUACAAAAAAUAUUGAAAGUAUUGAAUUAGGCUUAGGUGAAGCACAAGUUAUGAUGGCGCUGGCGUCAUAUCUGCAAAACAUUGAAGCUGAAAAACAGAAAUUAAAAACUCAAGUAAGAAGAUUAUAUCAAGAAAACGCAUGGCUUAGGGACGAAUUAGCAAACACGCAACAAAAGUUCCAAGCAUCUGAGCAAAUGGUUUCUCAACUAGAAGAAGAAAAAAAACAUUUGGAAUUUAUGGCAUCUGUUAAAAAGUAUGAUGAUAAUCAAGAACAAGAAGAAAAUUUUGAAAAAUCUAGAACAGAUCCAGUUGUAGAACUAUUUCCAGAAGAAGAUCAAGAAGAACGCAAUAAUAUGAAUUCCCCGACACCACCAAGCCAAUUCGCUAAUCAAACGUCUGGAUAUGAGAUUCCGGCGAGAUUAAGAACUCUACAUAAUUUGGUGAUACAAUAUGCUGCACAAGGAAGGUAUGAAGUUGCUGUACCUCUUUGCAAACAGGCUCUUGAAGACUUGGAGAAAACUAGCGGUCAUGAUCACCCAGAUGUGGCAACUAUGUUAAAUAUACUGGCUUUGGUCUACAGAGAUCAGAAUAAAUACAAAGAGGCUGCAAAUUUGCUAAAUGAUGCAUUGUCCGUUCGUGAAAAAACUUUAGGAGAAAAUCAUCCAGCUGUUGCUGCUACUUUAAAUAAUUUAGCUGUGUUGUACGGAAAACGUGGUAAAUAUAAAGAUGCUGAGCCAUUAUGCAAACGCGCUUUAGAGAUACGAGAAAAGGUAUUAGGAAAAGAUCAUCCAGAUGUUGCAAAGCAAUUGAACAAUUUAGCUCUAUUGUGUCAGAAUCAAGGGAAAUAUGAAGAAGUUGAAAAAUAUUACCAACGUGCUUUGGAAAUAUAUGAAACAAAAUUAGGUCCAGAUGACCCAAAUGUCGCAAAAACUAAAAAUAACCUAGCUAGUUGCUAUUUGAAACAAGGUAAAUACCAAGAAGCCGAAAUAUUAUACAAACAAGUUUUAACAAGAGCUCAUGAACGUGAAUUUGGCGCAAUAGACAGUAAAAAUAAACCAAUAUGGCAGGUUGCUGAAGAGCGUGAGGAGCAUAAAUUCGAAAAUCGUGAAAAUACACCAUAUGGAGAAUACGGCGGUUGGCACAAAGCUGCCAAAGUUGAUUCACCAACAGUAACCACAACUUUAAAGAAUUUAGGAGCUCUAUAUCGUCGUCAAGGUAUGUAUGAAGCUGCCGAAACUUUGGAAGAUUGUGCAUUACGAAGUAAAAAAGAGGCCUUAGAUUUGGCCAAACAAUCAAAAGUUGCACAAUUGCUAAGUAACGACAAACGCCGUUCCCGUUAUUUAAAAGAUGAAGAUAGUGUUGCAGAGAAAGACGAGAAGCAAAAUUAAUGCAACAUGAUCUAAUUCCUCAUUUAAUUAAUAUUUUAAGCUUAUUGUGCAUUAACAAAAACAAGAAAAACAAAAAAUACUAAAAUGAUGAUAAUAAGGAAAAAUUCAUAAUAUUUCUAAUAACUACAAAAUAUUAUAAAAUUGAACAAAACUAUAGUAAAUAUACUUUCAAAGAAAAUAUAAUAUAUUUUUAAAUUUUUAUCAUAAUUAUUAGCAAGAGAAUUAGGCUUAAAAUUUGUUUUUGAAAAUUUUGAAAAUUACAUAAAAUUUUUAUUCAUGCAUGUAAAUGUAUAUUGUAAAACGGAUAACAUUUUUAUUAAUAAAAAUAUUUAAAUAAAUAUUUGUAAAAUUGUAAAAAGAAAUUUUGCUUAAAAAGUGGGAAACUUAAAAUAAAUUUUAAAGAGCCUACACGUUAAUCAAUGUUUGAUAAUAAAAUUUUUUCUAACGCAUUUGAAAAAAAUAAUAAAAGAAAACCUAUUUCACCAAUUUAAAAAAAGGAUUCUGUUUAAUUGCUCAAUAAUUUGAUUUGUUUUCUACAAUAAUUAAACUAAUUUUGGUAUUAUGCAAAAAUAAUUCUAGGAAUCAAAAUUUUAGUAUCAGUGAAAUAAAAGAAAAUUUAGAUUUUCAAAAAUCAAAUUUUCUUAUUAUUUACAAGACUGUAAACGCAAUUCAUUUUGCAAAGUUUCACAGUUUCAUACCCUAAUUUAGACAUUUUGAUAUUUUAUAAUAAUUUGAAUCAACUUAUUUGAAUCAAGAAUAAUUUGAAAAUAAUAAUUAGAAUUAAGUUAGUUGAAAUGGAAUAUCCGUUAAAUAUUUUAAUCAUGCCAAUCCGAAAAUGAACAAUUCUUUAAAAUUUUCAAUUUAUCUUGAAUCUUGAAGAGAAAAAUGUAUUAUCAGGUUGAGUAAACAUGUGAAAUUUUGUAACGAAAAUAAGUGUACGAGUAAAUCGCAAUAAUUUAAAAAUUCAAGUUUCCCACCUUUAUUACAAGAAAAUGUUAUAUUUUAUUUAAAUUAAAUUUAAAUUUUUUGCAAUAUUAUAAUAAAAACUUAAGAUUUAAUGUUUAAUGUGCAGGAUUAUUUUUCAAAAAUGCCUAUCCCAAAAUCCGUCGUAUUGCUUUUUUUUCGGGGAUGAUACAAAAAUGUUGUAAUACACAAGAUCCGAAAAUUUUCCAAAUUAAACGUCAGAAGUUACGAAUAAAUUAUGACUCCGAAUUUUUGUAACUCAUUUUAAGAUCCGUUUUUAGCAAAUGUUAAUAAAAUUCCACGAAUAAUCACAUUCUUCGUAAAUAAUUUAUAGCUAGUUGUAGUUUUAUUAUCGAUAGCUGUUUUCAGUUAAGUUUUAAAAUAAAUAAUACAAGUCAAAAAAUUAUUAAAAUAUAAGUAUAGCUUCUGUAAUUAAUAAUAAAAUGUGUGUAAUUCAAUAUAAAAAGUUACUGAAUCCAACUCAACUUCAAUUUAAUAUAUAUUUAAAAUAUAUUGAAAUGCUAGAUAUAAUAUAUUUUUUUUCGUUUAUUAAUAAAACCACUAUUAUUUGUUUACUUUUAAAUUAAAAUAAUUUUUGUUUUCGUUGUGUUUCGUUUUUUUUUUGUUUUCCUUUUUUACCAGUAAACAAGUUUUCAUUUGAUUUUGACAAUCCGAAAAAUUAAAUAUUUUAUUCGUAUAUUGGAAUACCAUUUUCUUCGGGGUCGUAUAGUAGUUCGAACCAAUAUUACGACGCAUCUUGGAAUAGGCAUAUUAAUCGUUUUCAAUUGAUAAAAACCUUCAAUUGAAUUAAAAAAAAAUAUUUAUAGGAAUUUGCUUAAUAAUUGAACAAAAUUCUAUAAAAAUACCUUAGAAAUAUACAGGAAUGCACAUGAAAAAAAUUCACAGUUUUUUAACUUUUUUUUACGCUUUUGAAUUAAUUUUUUUUCUCUUUUUUUUUUUUAAACUCAAAACUUGGGUAAUGUACAUAUAUAAUUUUUCAAUUUUAUUGAGAAAAAUUGAAUUGAUUUUAUGAUCAUACACAUAUGGUUUACUGGUAUUGGGAUCUUUUUAGCUUUUAUAGUUAAAAUUGACUAAUAAUAGUAAAAUAUCCAUCAAUCGAUAUAAAUGAAGGAAAAAAUUAGGUAGGCGAGGUAUUUGAAUAUAUUGAAGAAUGUUAAUUUAACUUUGGCUGUUUCAUUUAUUCAUUCCGAAUCAAAAGUGUUUUUUAUUGUUUUAGAUAAUGCCAUAUAUAUCUACAAGCCAUCAAGCUCAGACAGCAAAUCAAAAAUAAAUUCCAAAUUUAUCUUAAGUUUAGAUGGAAGGUGUGUGAGAAUUUAUUUGUGUGAACGAAAUUGAUCAAUAUAUUUGGCUCUACUGAUUCUACAUAUUUUUUUAAAUUUAAAAUUCAAAUUUCAAAAAAAUCCAUUGGUAAUUUCCAUCUGAAAAAUGGAUUAAAAAAAAUUACAAUUUUUAACGCACACAACCUUUCUUGUCUUCCAAAAGGAACGGUACUGAAUUACAUAGUAAAAUUGUUCAAUAAAAAAUAGAAUUUAAAAAUAAAUAUUUUCAACUUGGAGGUCUGAUAUGGCAUUAGUUUUAGAUUAUUGCAAUCGUUGUGUUCAGUGUUCAAUUAUUUUGGCUGAAAUUUAUUUAUUUUAUAUUUUUAUGUAUCUAAUUAUAAAAAAAGUAUUGUAAUAAUGGACUAGCAGAAAUAAAUAUCAAGGUUUUUAUUCAAAGUGCCGUGCCGCCGCCUUUUGAUUUUGAAAUUUUUCAAAAUCAAAAUUUGAUUUGAAAAAAUCUUUUUGAAGAAUAGUCAAAAAAAUUUAAAUCAAAAACAGUAAAAAUUUUAAUAAAAUUAAAACAUUUUCUGUUAAAUAAAAUUUUAUUAAAAUAAUAGUACAGUGUUUAACGUAAAUCCUGUAAGAAAAUGCAAGUAUGUAUUGUAAUUAUUUUCACAUUUUAUUAAAGUAUAAUAAAGUAAAAGCAUUACUUAUUAUUACAUUUAUGUAACUAAAAAUAUCUCGAAUAUACGUAGGUGUUCUAAUAAAAUUAAUAGUAUCUACUUCUUUUCCUGUUUGUUUUCAUUUACUGCGCUUAUUUAGAAUAUUUCGAAUAAGUUUGUCUCUUAUUUUUCUUUACUCUGUUUUAUGUUGGAAUGAUUAAAUGAAAGCAAAAUAAAGUUUCCAAUUUGCAAAUAGACUGAUUUAUAUCCUAAUAGAAACUAUUACCUAAUGUUGUCAAAAUUUUAUUUCAUUAAAUAAAAUUUUAUAAGUAUGUAAAAAUCUAAAAUAUUUAAUUUAGCAAUGCUGAAAAAUUAUAAAAUACUUACUUGUAUUUUUAAAACUUUGCCCGUAAAGUAAACAAAAUACACAAAGUUCUCGAGAUACGGCAUUUGGUUCUGGAAAUUUAUGUCGGAACUCAAAUUGUCGUUUGAGGAGGAAAAAAAAUGUAUGGAAACAAAAAGUGAAUUAGACAAAAUAUUUUAUAACAUAAUUGUCCUGUUUUUUAAAAAAGGUAACAAAGUUAAAAAAAACAACAAAAUAUAAUAACAAAACCAAAAAAACUCAAUUUUGUGACAAAAAUAAGUAAAAUAAAAUCUGAUUAAGUUAAUAUAUAUCACUUCAAUUCGUAUUUUUAACUACUGACUAGCAUUUUUAACUAGAAAGAGUUCGUUAUUGAAAUCUUUUGCUUAUAACUAAAUUCGGUAUAGAGUUUUAUUCAAAAAAUAGUAAAAUCUAUGAACAAAAAAAAAAAUUUUAAAUUUUGAAUGUCCAAAGCCGAAUAAAAAUGGUCCAAAUUUAUAUCAUGUCGUAAUUCGAAAUAUCGUAUCUCGAGGACUUAGUGUAUAUCGCUUGAUUUAAAAAUAAAUCAUUACGAGUAAUACGUACUGAUGUGCAUAUUUGUAUAUACAGAUUAAUAAUAUAAAAAAUAUUUUUUAUAAUGUUCAAAAAUACAUACAUACAUACUUCAUUUUGAAAAUAUUAACUUUUUUUACAAGCAGUUUCUUUUUUAUAAAAUUUGUGUUAAUUGGUCAAAAGUAACUUUUAUAUAAGUGCGAAUGAUAAAAAUGAUUUUAAUCUUCGGUUUAAAUUGUUAAGGAUUACUUAUUUAUAUCCCGAUUCCUUGUGUCUUAAUUACUUGCACAUAUUAAUUUGAUACAAAAAAAUGAAUCUCGUAAUAUUUCAAUUUAAAUUAAAUGAAACGAAAUUUCUUUUAGUAAUAUUUUUUUAAACAUUAUUUAAUUUAUUAUUCUUCUAAUUUCUUUUAUAUGUUUAAGAAAUAAUUUUUGUAAUCUAAUAAUUGAUACAAAUUUUUAAAGUAAAUAUUAAAAUUUAUAAUGUAUUUGUUGUAUUUUUUAUUAAUUAGCAAUAUGUUUUGUCCAAUUAAGUAGAAAUUUAAAAAAAUAAUACAUAAAUAUAAUAUAACAUAUAAAACAAUGUAAUAAUUUGAAAAUUUAAUUUUUAAGUUAUUUAUU